CGUUUAGCCAUAGACAAUGCAAUAGACUACAAAAUGCAAAAACAUUUGUAUUUCCCGCUAUUGUGGUAUAAUUUGCUAAUGUACAAAACUUUCGCAGCGCUGUAUACCUGAAACUCUUAAAAUCAGUUUCUGUAUUUUUCAUGUUGUCAUAUAUAUGCAAGCCAUAUUUAAAUUUUUCUAAAGUUACUAAUAAUAACUUUUAAUCCUUUGGAUUUACGUAGUGCGAAGCGAAUAAAAGAAGAAAAUCAUUUGCAAACAAUGGCCACUGUCGAAGAAUUUGAAAGUUUAGACGAGGAGGUUAAAGAGCUAAUUCUUAACUAUAGAUUUAAGAGAGCUACAACGUACGAGCCUUGUACACUCAAAAACUUUAAGGAAUGUCUUAUCGGUCUAAGUGAAGAGUUUGGAUUACUCAACAUAAACUAUAUUUUUAAUCCACAUUUAGAUAUAACCGAAGGAACGCUUGAUUCUAAAGCGUUAGUAAAUCUUAUCAAUUCUGUGUGGACUUUGCUACACACUUACAAAAAUGUAUCUCAAAAAGUGGAAAACUUAGAAGAACAAAAUCAUAUUCUGGAACAUAAUAAUAAGCAACUUAAUGGAUUAGUGGGUAGAUUGAAGGAAAAAAUUAACUCGGAAAAAAAUGAGUCUAAAGCGUGUGUGGCAUCGGCCCAAAGAAUAUCUGAUCAUUCAGAUGAAAUGUUACACAAACUGACCGAUGCCCGGGCUAAACUCCUGCAAGUCACCAAACAGAAAGAUGCCAAUGAGAGGAAACUAAACAAUGAAAUAACAAGAUUGAAGUUACAGAAUGAAAAAUUAACAGACAGGCUGCAAAAUAAAGAUCUUCAUUCUCAUCCAUCAAGAACAUCACAGGCUGUCUGCAAAACUUUAAAAUCAGAACAAGAAGAUUACAUUAAACAUUUGAAAAGAAUAAUAAGCAAACUAGAAAAUAACAAUCAAAUGUUAGUGUCAGAAGUUCUUAAGUUGAAAGAGGAGCUUAUUGUUUCAGGAGAUGAUCAUUAAUAAGCUACCAUAAUUUAAUUCUCCUUGUUACCUGCACAAGCUGUGACUUAAAUGCUAAUUGAACUUAAUGUUAAUUACAUAACUGACUGAAUAGUAAUGAUAUUGUGAUGACCAGUAUUAUGGAAGAAGUACUUAACUAAUUAAUGCUAAUAAUGUAGGAUUGAAAACUAUUUUUAAAUAUUAAUUUACUAUGUAACUGAAUAAUAUUGUACCUGACCUGAUCAAAUAAGAUUUAAUUAAUAAAAAAAACAAUCUCAUU